GAGCAGAGAGAACACCGGCUGGGCUUCCCAGGAUCAUCAUCACUGCACCGCACAGGGAUCCCCUCUAUACACCCAGCAAGGUGCACAGGAGAAGUCUUCAUCCCAUUGACAGAAGUAGAAGAGUGGGAAUCCCCGGUGGGCGGGGGGGCAGGGAUGGCUGGGAAGUAAGCAGGUGCAGAGGGACUGGCAUUGCACACAUCAUCAUGCUUCUUCUACAAACUUGAGGACUGGAUCUCAGCGCUGGGACUAUCACUGAACCUUCAUCACAGAGGAGAGGAGCUGAUCCUGCAGAGAUGUCAGAACCAGCGCUGGACUUCUCCAAAGUGGAAAGUUUUUUGGACAGCCACCCAGAUCUGUUUGAGGAUUACCUGAUCAGGAAAGGCAAGCAAUGCAUGGUGGAGAAGUGGCUGAAGAGGAACCAGCUACCCAAGACACCUCUGAACUCUGAUGACAAGAACAAGGACUCUUGGGGGCAUAGAGGGGAAGGGUUGCAGAGGAGAGCAUCCCAAAAGGAGCUGAGGAAAAGCUUUGCCAGGUCCAAGGCCAUCAAUGUCAACAGGACCUAUGAUGAGCAUGUCAACUCUAGAGCCCAGGAGCCCUUGACUAGCAUGAGGAGAAGGGCAUUGCUCAGGAAGGCUAGUUCUCUUCCACCCACCACUGCCCACAUCCUCAGUGCACUGCUGGAAUCCAGGGUCAACAUACCCCAGUACACAUCCACUGCCAUUGACUACAAGUACUACCUGAAGGAGAACAAUGAGAGGGAGUUCUUCUUGGAGUUGGUGAAGGACAUUUCCAAUGAACUCAACCUGACCAGUCUUUGUUAUAAGAUCUUGAUUUUCGUGUGCAUCAUGGUGGACGCUGACCGGUGCUCUUUGUUCUUGGUGGAAGGCUCAGCCAACAAGAAAAGUUUGGUCUCAAAGUUCUUUGAUGUUCAUACAGGGAUCACUCUACUGCCUUCUUGUAGAAUGGAGAAUUCCAAUGAAGUCCAGGUGCCCUGGGGUAAGGGCAUCAUCGGCUAUGUUGCUGAGCACGGAGAGACAGUCAAUAUCCCUGAUGCUUACCAGGACAGACGAUUCAGUGAUGAAAUAGACAAGCUUACUGGGUAUAAGACAAAAUCUUUGCUGUGUAUGCCAAUACGCAGCAGUGACGGGGAGAUCAUCGGUGUUGCCCAGGCAAUUAACAAAACCCCAGGAGGAACCCCAUUCACAGAGGAUGAUGAAAAAGUUAUGCAGAUGUACCUCCCAUUCUGUGGAAUUGCCAUAUCCAAUGCUCAACUUUUUUCUGCCUCAAGAAAGGAAUAUGACAGGAGUCGGGCUUUGCUGGAGGUCGUGAAUGACCUGUUUGAGGAACAAACAGACCUGGAGAAAGUUGUCAAGAAAAUUAUGCAUCGGGCUCAGACACUGCUGAAGUGUGAACGCUGUUCUGUGCUGCUUCUGGAGGACAUUGAGUCACCAGUGGUGAAAUUUACCAAAUCUUUUGAGCUGCUGUCCCCCAAAUGCAGUGCUGAUGCAGAGAGCAGUUUUAAAGACAGCCUGGAGAAAUCUUCAUAUUCUGACUGGUUAAUAAAUAACAGCAUUGCAGAACUAGUUGCAUCAACGGGUCUUCCAGUAAAUAUAAGUGACGCUUAUCAGGAUCCUCGCUUUGAUGCAGAGGCUGACCAGUUCUCUGGCUUUCAUAUCAGGUCGGUGCUGUGUGUGCCAAUAUGGAAUAGCAGCCAUCAGAUAAUAGGUGUGGCACAAGUAUUAAAUAGAUUAGAUGGAAAGCCAUUUGAUGAUGCAGAUCAAAGACUGUUUGAGGCUUUUGUUAUAUUUUGUGGCCUUGGUAUUAACAACACGAUUAUGUACGACCAAGUAAAGAAAUCAUGGGCAAAGCAGUCAGUCGCUUUAGAUGUCCUUUCCUAUCAUGCAACAUGUUUAAAAACUGAAGUUGAUAAAUUUAAGGCAGCCAACAUCCCCUUGGUGUCAGAACUUUCUAUCGAUGACAUCCAUUUUGAUGACUUCUCCCUGGACGUUGACGAGAUGAUUACAGCAGCCCUGAGAAUGUUCAUGGAGUUGGGAAUGGUUCAGAAGUUUAAAAUUGAUUACGAGACCUUGUGCAGGUGGCUGCUGACAGUGAGGAAGAAUUAUCGAAUGGUUCUCUAUCACAACUGGCGGCAUGCCUUCAAUGUGUGCCAGCUGAUGUUUGCCAUGUUAACUACUGCAGGAUUCCAGGAGAUUCUGACCGACGUUGAGAUUUUGGCUGUAAUCGUAGGUUGCCUUUGUCAUGAUCUCGACCACAGAGGAACCAACAAUGCCUUCCAGGCCAAGACCGGCUCAGCUUUGUCUCAGCUCUAUGGAACAUCUGCCACUUUGGAGCAUCAUCAUUUUAACCACGCUGUCAUGAUUCUUCAGAGCGAGGGGCACAACAUUUUCUCCAACCUGUCAUCGCACCAGUACAGCGACCUCAUGCAGCUUCUGAAGCAGUCCAUCCUUGCCACGGAUAUCACACUUCAUUUUGAGAGACGAAAUGAGUUUUUCGGACUGGUCAGUAAAGGAGACUACAACUGGAAUGUUAAAAAUCACAGAGAUAUAUUUAGAUCAAUGCUAAUGACAGCAUGUGACCUUGGAGCUGCAACCAAACCGUGGGAGAUCUCAAGACAGGUGGCAGAAUUAGUGACCAGUGAGUUCUUUGAGCAAGGAGACCGGGAACGAGCAGAGCUCAAGUUGACUCCUUCAGCCAUUUUUGACCGCAAUAGGAAAGAUGAGCUUCCUAGAUUGCAGCUGGAAUGGAUAGACAACAUUUGUUUCCCUUUGUAUGAGUCUCUCGUGAAAGUUAAUGGGAAACUUAAGCCAAUGCUGGACUCGGUGACCGUAAACCGUGUCAAAUGGGAAGAGCUGCACCAAAAAAGACUGCCAUCCCAAGAUAGCAAUGCCUCCUUCCCCACACCAGCUUCCUCACCCCAACCACCUGUAGAGUGUCUGCUGAAGACUUAAGCUUGCAAGUAAACCGCCGCCACGCGUGAAAGUUAUUUAAAAAAAAAAGGCUGUCAUAAGCUUAGCUUUUUAAUUAAGUUACCGCAGCCAUGCUUUUAUUGGUGAGGAGAUAAUGGUCAUGGCUUGGCUUUUGCCUGGAAGCUCAGAAGACUGAAGCUAAAGAGAGGUGAAAAUUUGGUGUCAAUGAAGUUCUGUGGAGGAGCCAGUAGGAGGACUUCCUGUACAAGAGGAAACACGGCACUCAUUUAAGCUUUGCAAACUCUUUACUGUUGCUGCAAGGUGGAUAAAACACUGAACUAAAACAUAUGCUUCACCCAUGCAGCACAGUGACUACAAUGCACAGUAUAAACGUCCACUAAACCAAUGCUAAGAAAAUAAAUAAGGCAUAUUUUUUAUUAGUGUUUGCAUUUUCUCAUGUACAUACACAAAGGAAAUUGUGCCUGCCUGAUGUGAUCGCUUUCACACUACCAAUAUUUUACAUGCUUAAUGUAAAUUCACUGCAUUUUUAUUUUUUCCACCUUGUAAAUGAAUGGAAAUCUCCAAUGGCAGCUUAUUUCCAGAUUGCCCAAAGAAAGAAAAACAAACUAUGCAGAGAAAUUAUAUAUUAUUUUGAAAAGAUUGACUACAUUUUUUGUUGCUGUUUAAAUUGUUGCACCAUUUGUGUUUUAGGUUGUUGUGUUUUAUUUUAUUUCAAUUUUUGUCUUCAAAUUCACGCCAUUGAAUUGAACCCAGUGUAUUAUAUGGUUUAAUUGUCUACUUGUGUUUUGAUCUUGUUCUAUAGAAGGCCACACUGACAUGCGACUGUUAUUCGUCAGGUAAAAAUCAAUGGUAAUGGGUCAGAGUACUUCAUACUAAAACUUUGACUACCUCCUCUUUCUCGUUAGCUGUUUUUUUUCUUCUUGUACAUUUUGUGCUUCUGAAUUAAUAUUGCCCUGUCAAUAGUAGGUCAGGCAUCACAUUGAUGAAUGAUUGGUGAACACACCAAACCGUAAGCAUGACAGGUCAACACGGUCAAAUGUACUUAGAUCUACAGUGUAUAACCUAUGGGUCAUCUUCCUCUCCUAAGGCAUUGAUCAUUUUAAUAGCUACAUCCAGAGGUGACUGCUGCUAACACAAGCAGGUAAUCCAUUGCAGAUAUGCAAACCACAUCACUUCCAUUUAACAGUAAAGCACAAUUAUGUUAAUCUUCCUAGUGAUUUUAAGAUGCAACCUAAAGUUAUUUUUAUAAAUAUUUUACUACUAAAGGUAAUAAUAAUUUUGGUAGUUUUAACUGCUGCCUUGCACAGUCAUGAAUCCCCAAAGAAGCUGUAUUAUGGUGUAAAGUACAAUAGGAUUACAAAAUAGACCAAGGGUGCAAACAGCACUUGACACAACCAAGAACAGAUCUAGGUUCCUGUGGGACAAUUCACAACUAACUGAAAAAUAGUUUCACUUGAAAAAGCCAUACCCAACUGGUAUAGUCAUUUUUAAACUUCAUAGUCAGCAGCAGAAUGUCUGACAUAUGUUUUGUAUAGUGGAAGGGGUACCUGGUUUAAAAUCCACCUGCUCAGCACUCCAGAAACCCCCUGUUUGGUCCUUAGUGGAGAACUCUGCCCAAAGCUCAUUGUUUUCUUUGGUAAAUAGGUGUAUAGUUCAGUCCCUUACUGGAGGAGAAACACAACUCUCUAAAGAUGGCCACAGAUGGAUCAAAAUUUGGUUGGUUCAGCAUGGACUGGAUGAAUAUUGAUCCAUCAAUGGCCAUUCCCGUUUGUGAAAAGUCAAUUUAAUAAUCAACUUCUCACAAUUGGGUUUGUUGUAAAACGUUUGUUCGAUCAGCUCUGAAGCCAUCUGGCUUCAGCGCUGAUCAGUUUAUUGUGACAGUGGAGGCCUGUUGUCAGAAUACAAUAACACAGCAAGGAGGCAUCAGUGUAUGGCCAGCUUAAGACAUCACCAACCUCUGGAAUGGCUAUGAAAGCCAAGCUUUUGUUUUCAUGUGCUAAGUCCACAAUCCUUGUUCCUAUUUAAUAUAAGCAAGAAGAUAAAUGAUACCGCCUUCUGUUUGUUUUUUUCCUCUAGCAAAUAAUUUAUAGGAAUAUAGGGAAUUCCCUAGUGAAGGAGUGAUACUUUAAAAUGAAACGUUACCAGGUAGCAGUAAAGUGAGGUAGCAUUUUAGCUAUUACUUAGUCCUUACUGCUCGAUAUAUAUUUAGAAGGGAAAAUCGACUUCUCUCACCAUUGGUUUGGCUGGGACGGCCUGGACUCAGCUGUGAUUGAUAUGCUUGGUGAACUGGGGGAACAGUGUCACCAGCAUUAUGGUAACAUCACCCUUUACUGAGUUCUCCAUGACUGUAUAUAGAAAAUGUUGGGAAAUAAGAGCAAUCAGGAAAUUCAUCUUAUAGCUUAGCUUUGCCAAUGGUGAAGAAAGAGAAAACCUGGACUGCAGUACAGACUUAGUGGGGGAUUAAACAUGCCCUUUCCUACUCAAAGUAUACUCUAUCUACUCUACCACUGCUAAGUUGUUGUGUCUGGCAAGCACACUACAGAGUACAAGCAACAACUUUUAC